AUGGAAGACUCCGCUCCGAAAAAAAACGCCGACAAAAAAGCGCGAGUCUUCGAUUUGCAAUCGAUGAUGGCUCAGGCAUUGAGUAACGCGCCGAAGGCCCCAGAUGCUGAGCCUUCUCCACAAUUCAACACGCCGUCGAAAACCACUUCCGAAUCUGGACUUUCGUCUUCUGCCGCUUCUGAUGAUGACGAUGGUAUGUAAAAAUGUAACCGACAGUUUUAAAAUGAGAAAUUUUGAAAAUUUCGAAAAUUUAAUUUUCAGAUUUCAUGCCUGUACUUCCACCUGGUUUCGGGAAACCGGACGACGAGGCCGGACCGUCAACUUUUCAAGCGAUCGAUAACGACAACGAUGACAGCGACUUUGACGAAACUGAAGCGGUUUCCAUCAUCAAGCUGAUUCCGGCGGCUUGCGAGGCGACGAUUAUUCACGGAACACAAGCGAUCUCUGCUCUUCGAGUGGAACCUCCCGGAGUUCGUUUUGCAAGUGGAGGCCUCGAUUAUUACGUGAAACUUUACGAUUUCCAAAAGAUGGACAUGUCCCUGCGAUACGAUAAAGAACUCUUGCCAGCAGAAAGCCACGUCAUCAAUUCGCUCGCGUUCUCUCCGAACGGCGAGACGCUCGUCGUUGCCAGUGGAGAGGCCAUCAUCCGCUUGCUGGAUCGAGCUGGCAAGCAGUGGUCGGAAACUGUCCGCGGAGAUCAAUACAUUGUCGACCUGAACAUCACGAAAGGACACACGGCCACUGUCAACUGCGUCGAGUUCAAUCCACUGAACAAAAGCGAGUUUAUCUCCUGCUCGGACGACGGUAGCCUCCGAAUCUGGAGUCUUGAUGAUCACAAAGUGAUUACAAAGUGCAUCAACAAGCACAGAAAGGUCAUCAAGACGAAGGGAGCCCACGGAAAGCGAGUCAGUCCCCAAGUGUGCACUUAUUCUCCCGAUGGAAAGUGGAUCGCCGCCGGAUGCGACGAUGGAUCGAUUCAAGCAUGGAAGUAUGGUUCACAAUACGUAAGUACUUUGUAAACUUAAUCUUUUCUAAAUUUUUAUUCUAGGUAAAUGUGAACUACCUCGUCAGAAAAGCACACAAUGGAUCGAUCACUUCAAUCGCCUUCUCGCCCGACUCAAAACGUCUGCUAUCUCGCGGAUUCGAUGACACUCUUAAAAUGUGGAGCCUUGACAAUCCGAAACAGCCCAUGCUCGUCAAAACAGGACUCGAAAAUGCGUUCAAAAAGUGAGUAGUUUCAGUCGUCAAUUCUCACAUUUAACUAAAAAUAUUUCAGCACGGAUUGUGGAUUCUCCCCUCGCGCCGAGCUUGUCUUCACCGGCACCUCCUCCCCGAACAAAAACGUGCCGGGCUCUCUGCAGUUCUUCGACCCGAUGACUUUUGACCUCGUCUACAAAAUCGAUUAUCCGGGCGCGUCCUGCCAUCGCAUCCAGUGGCAUCCUCGUCUUAAUCAGAUAAUCGUCGGCCUUUCGAACGGCACAGUUCACGUCUACUACGACCAGACGAUCUCGCAGCGAGGAGUCAUGACUUGCGUGACGAGACCGCUCAAGAGAAACAGAGCGUCCGAAGUGGUCCGCGAAGAUAUGGUCCUUUCUCGUAAGAUCACUUUUCCACUUAAUCUUUUCAUUGUUUCCAUUUUCAGCGCUCACUCUCGAAAUGUUCCAACCACGCGGAGAAGAAGGAGAGGAGAAGGAAGUUACCGGAUGGCGAAUCAAGAAAUUCCUCCGAAUGCAGGACAACAAGCUGCGUCCAGAGUUCCGCAAGCCGGCGGACAUGCCGAUAAACGGAAAGAGUGCGAACGGAAGAGUGGCGGCCAGCGGUGGAAGUCUUCACUCGUACCUGGCGAAGCAGAUCGGAACCGCCCGCAACGCCGAAUUCCUCAAGGACACGGACGUCCGUGCGAGCAUUCUGAAGCACGCGAAGGACGCAGAGGAGAAUCCGCUGUACAUCGACAAGGCGUACCGCAAGACACAACCGAACAAGAUCUUCCAAGCGACGACUGUGGAGCCAGAAGACGAGGACGACGAGGAGCUGCAACCCGUGUUCAAGAUGCCGCGAACCAAGUGA